AUGGCCUUAGAAAAGCAAAGCCAAUCCGCAAUCCAAAUAAUCCAUUAUAAUGAUGUAUACAACAUUGACGAGUCCCCCCACGAGCCCGUAGGCGGCGCCGCUCGCUUCAUCUCUGCCGUCCGGCACCAGCUCUCCGCGCACCAUACCUCGCUUGUGCUCUUCUCCGGGGAUGCAUUCUCGCCGGCCCCUCUCACUCCGCUGACGGAAGGCGCCGAAAUGCCGCCGAUUCUGAAUGCCACUGAAGUGGACGUCGCGUGCUUGGGGAACCAUGAGCUAGACAGAGGUCUAGACGUCAUGAAGGCGCGCAUAGCGGAGACUAAUUUUCCCUGGCUGUGCUCCAAUGUUAAGGAGGUGGAGACGGGCGUCCCGUUGGGAGGCGUCAGGGAAUGGUGGGUGCUGGACAAGGGGGGCUACCGGUUCGGCUUCAUGGGGCUCGCCGGGUUUGACUGGCUGAGCGCCUUGGAUAAGGUCGACCCGGAGGACGUUUUGUAUGAGGACGUUGUCAAGUGCGCAGAUCGCAUUGCCACGGUGCUCAGGGAGAAGAGGUGUGAUUUUGUCGUUGCUCUCACGCAUAUGAGACAGCCGGAUGAUGAUAGGCUCGCGAUGGAGGCGAGAGAUGUGGAUAUCGUGCUCGGGGGGCAUGACCACGUGCUUUGUACCAAGGUUGUUAACGGGCGCUUUAUCGUCAAGUCCGGGACUGACUUUAAGAAUUUUUCAACCAUCGAGAUUGACGUGAGCUCUGACUGCCGGCUGGUGGCCCGUGAACCGAAACAUGUGGACGUGUCUUCCGAGUAUGCGGAGGAUCCCAUUUUUGCGAAGUUUGUUGCUGAGAAACUCGAGUUGCUCGGUCCAGACUUCAAACACGCGUUAGCAGUGUCAACGGUUGACUUGGAUGGGCGCUUUGUGUCCAUUCGAACGAAAGAAACCGCUUUGGGAAACUCUGUGGCCGAUGCACUGGCAUUUUACAUGGAUACAAAGAUUGCUCUGAUCAAUGCGGGGAGCUUUCGAUCCGAUUGUGUUGAGCCUCCUGGAAAGAUAACACUACAGACAAUCAAUGCCAUUCUUCCGUUUCAAGAUGUAGCAGUCGUCGUUGAGUACACUGGACGAGAACUCUUAGGUAUAUUCGAGAAUUCUGUCAGUCAGUAUCCGCUUCUCGAUGGCAGGUUUCUGCAAGUCAGCGGAGUGUCUUUCCAGUUUGACCCAAGGCUUCCUGCCGGUGAGAGGAUACAUCAAACUGAUGUGGUUUGCAAAGAGGAUGAUGACACUCUCAGAGGGCUAGAUGAGGAUCGCUUGUAUCGAGUUGCCGUCAAGAGCUUUAUUCAUAUGGGGAAAGAUGGCUAUCCGGAAGGAUCGCUAUCAUCGAUCAUCCAACAUUGCGACACACCCAUUGCAACAAUGGUUUCGGAAUAUCUCAAUGAGCUUCACACGAUAUCCCCAAAAUGUGAGCGCAGGGUAGUCUGCGUAUCCCCUGAAAAAGAACUCCUGAAGUCUUACGAUUAUGCGAUUAACUCAGAGCAAGCUAGAGAGACUAUUUGCUGUCUGAAGCUCACCGUGUGGCCAGACAAGGCCUCUUCGGUCUUCAAUCAUGGACAGUGA